AUGCGAAGCAGAGCCUCCCACUUCUACCAGAGAGUCCUCGGCGUCGGAGGCAAGCUCUUCUUUCCGAGGGUGGUGGCCGUGCAGACCAGCGGCAUGCUGCUGCAGGCAGUCGGCAAGCUGUCGCUGCUGGGCGCCAUGGUCACCACGCUGCGGCUGCAGCCGCCUCUCAACAGGCCUCCGCGGCCGUCGGUCGACCUGAGCCCCGGCUUCUGGGCUCUGGUAUCGACCCUGGUCGCGCACGCGCUCUUCGUCGGAGUCUACGUGGGCGGCCUGACGCGCGGGGCCUCUGCCGCCAAACAGACUAUCGUCGGGAUGCUGGGGCCGCUGCUCCUCCAGGUCAGCUACAUCCUGAGCUACGGCGCCUGCGCCUUCCUCGUCGUCCAGCAGGGCGAGAUCCUGCCGGCCUCCGUCACGCAGGACGACAAGCGGGCCGUGGACACGGACUUCUUCGCCACGGACGUCGUCGUCGGAGCGCUCUCGAGGCCGGACAAGUCCUUCGCGUUCCCGGACCUUACCAGGCCGGUCGCGUUCUUUGCCCUGGCGCUGCCCGCGGUGGGCCUCAUGCUGACGACUCGGGCGGUGGAGGAGCGCCUGGCAUUCCUCGGCCACGCUGCUCGGGCAGCCCACUCCGCCCAGCCGCCGGCGGGCCGUACUUCCCGACCACGCCUCAGCGACCACGUCCCCGGGCCGAUGCUCUUCGGUUCUCCAGUGGGCCGCGCUCAUGCGACGAGGCCCCGGCACCGAUGCGCGGCUGCUGCAGGUGCUCUCGUGAGCCUCGUUUCCCUGGGCCUGCUGUUCGCCAUCCUGAUGGUCGGCAACUCGGACCGUUUCCCGCUCGAGCCCGUGCCGGGUUGCUUCCCCUGCUGGUGCCCCUCAGAGGGCGAGCUUCGAUCCUGCGGCGUGGCCGUGGACAUGAGGUACAAAGUGCUGAGUUUGGAGAGGGCUGGUAUUACUCGCAUUCGCCCGGGGGCUUUCUCGCCGUCCAACUUCGUUUCCAGCCCAAACCUUAUUCUUGAGGCUAGCUUCAGAGGAAACGCUCUGGACGAGUUGGAAGAGGGCACUUUCCAGCACAUGUCUUAUGUCACCCGGCUCGACUUGCGAGACAACUCGCUCCGUGCUAUUGCACCCGGCGCCUUCGAAGGCCUCGCGCGCGCAGAGGACCUCCUCCUGGACCUGAGCUGGGUCCUCACCGAGGAGAAGAGCCGGUGUGGCGGCGCCGGGACCUGCAGGCUGCCCGCGCUGACGGUGGGCUCCUUCCUGGGCCUGCCGCGCCUGCGCAUCCUGGGGCUCGGCCUCAGCGGAGCCGCGGGCAGCGGCGUGCCGUCGGUGGAGCCAGGUGCCUUCUCGGGCCUGGGCAGCCUCGAGGUCCUCAGGCUGGACUCGUGCGCCUGCUUCGACAGCCUGGGGCGCCUGCCCCCCGGCUUCUUCGACGGCCUCGGGCAGCUCCGCGUGCUGGUGUUCUCGGGGACGAGCCUCUCGCGCGUGAGCCCAGGAGAUUUUGCUGGUACCCCAAGCCUGCGCGUCCUCGACCUCCACGGCACAAGGCUAGCGGAAGGCGGUCUCGAGGUGCAGCCGGGAGCGUUCCAGGAGCUGGCGCAGCUGCGGCUCCUGGACCUGUCUGAUGUGCAGUUGGAAGACCUGCAGCCUGGAGCCCUGGCGGGCCUGGUGGAGCUGCGCCACCUCACCCUGGGCAACAACGCGCUCCAACGGCUGCGCGCUGGGGCAAUGUCGGGCCUCGGGAAUCUCGAGGAGCUCGACCUCUCCGGCAACCCCCUCACGGAGGUGGAGCCGGCCGCCCUCGACGAUCUGAGCACCCCCCCCCUGCAGUCCUUGAGCAUCCUGCGCACGCCCUUGCAGAGCCAGGCGCUGGCCUGCACCGCGGACGAAGACGACUGCAGAGACAGCUUCCUGGCAGUAUGGAGGCUGACACGCACGUUCCUGAGCGACGUCUUUGUAGGCGGGCUGGGGUGCUCCGAUGCCCGCUCGCUGUGCGGCGUGGACAAGGGGGGCACCGUGAUAGACCCGGUCUGCCCGGUGACCUGCGGCACCUGCGGCUCCCUUUCGGAUGACGGUUCUGCGGCCGACUGCGUCGACAAGGACUGGGCGAUGACUUAUACGUCGACCCUCGCUUCGGGAGUCCAGCUUGAGUCUGGCUGGCCUGGCGCGGACAACACCGAGUGGCCCCUGUCCAGAUGGACCACCUGUGCACACAUGGUGGCCGCAGGGGCCUGCGAGCAUUUCUAUUGGAACGACGUCGCCACGCUGGUCUGCCCGGUCGCCUGCGGCCUGUGUGACGCGCUUCGGGCUCGCUCCUGCGAGGACAUCGACCUCUUCGAGAACAGCCUCUUGUCCUGCGAGGUUCUCGUCUCGACCACGUCGCUGUGCGGCGACUCGGGGGCCUUCGGGGACCUCAUCCGGCUCAUCUGCCCGAACAGCUGCGGCGAGUGCUCGGCCAGCGCGGAGGGCUGCGCGGGCGGAGCUGCCAGCCUGACACUGGGCGAGGUGCUGGAGCUGAUGAACGCUGGUGUGGAUGCACCUGCCAACACGACGCCGACACCGGCGCCGGAACCAACUAUAGGUAAUUAA